AUGCAUGUUCUUAUCCCCGCGCCCCAAUCACAACCCGCGACCAUUCCUCACUUCACUCACCUACAAAAGGCAAAAGAGACCACCGGUUUCAUUUGCUUUCCUCAUCCCCCGCCCACCAUUUCGUUCAUCUUCAAGCGCCUCUUCGGCUCCUUCGCCGGUCCCACACCCGCCGCCAUGUCUUCCGCUAAGGCCCAAGCUCAGAACCUCAUCGACCAGAAUGCUGUCAUGGUUUUCUCCAAGUCCUACUGCCCUUACUGCAACUCUAGCAAAGAGCUGUUGAAGCAGGUCGGCGCUCAGUACAAGGCUAUUGAACUUGACCAGAUUGAUGACGGCGACGCCAUCCAGGCUGCCCUCCAAGAAAUCUCUGGCCAGCGCACUGUCCCCAACAUCUUCAUUGGACAGCAGCACAUUGGUGGAAACUCCGACCUGCAGGCUAAGAAGAGCCAGCUCCCCCAGUUGCUCAAGGCUGUCGGUGCCUCGUCCUAG